AUGGAUUCUCAGUCAAAGCCAAUCUGCGAUAACGGCAUUUGUGUAUCAGAUGCGGACGUCAAAUCUAUUGUAUCAAACUAUCUGGAUCUAGAAAACGACUGUGCUAUAAGUAACUAUUCUAUUUAUAAAGCAAGUGAUCAAAUGCUAGGGUAUAUAGCUGACUACUGGAAAUUGAAAUGUCACUUGACUGAUGAAAGAGUGCUUUCCUUUUUCAUCAAAGCUAUAUCGAGAUGCAACCCGGCAAAAGCGAAUAUGAUAAAGGAAAUGAAACUCUUCGAUAAAGAAUUAUCCUUCUAUUCUCUCAUCCGGAAAAAUAUGAUGGUUGCCGGUCUCAAGCCGUUUAGCAGUAGGCUAAUUGCUACUUUAGACGAUGCAAUGGUAUUUGAAGACUUAAACGCUCUUGGCUAUAAAGUUAAGAAUAAAUUCGAUAAAUUUGAUUUAGAUCACACUUUACAAUCCCUGAAUACUUUAGCGAGAUUUCAUGCGUCUUCAAUAAUUUUUGAAGAGCGAAGAAGCAUUGAACUGCAGCGCAAUUAUUCAAUGAAUGAGGAUUUUAAUCAAUUUUUUGAUGAAGCUGGCUACCGAGAGUCGAAUGUUUGGUUUCAACAAUGCAUGAAUGGAGCGCUUGAAACUGUCCAUUCAUAUUCUAAGUAUAAUAAAGAAGAGUUGGAGCUAAUUGAUGCGCGUUGGAGUCAGGUUUGGCUGUCAGCCUUAAAUCUAAGCUCGUGCUCUUCAGUUUAUAGGAAUGUUUUGUGCCACCGUGAUUUAUGGAACAAUAAUAUAAUGUUUCUUUACGAAGACAGAACUGGUAAUCCAACAGACUGUUUAUUUGUAGAUUUUCAGGCCAUACGCUACCAGCCGCCUGCUAGUGAUGUUAUGCUUUUAUUGUGUUGCAAUCUGGACAAAAAGUAUAGAGAAGCAAAUUUAAGUACUUUUCUCAAUUAUUACUAUACUGAAUUACAGCUAUGCUUAGAAAUAUCCAAUUUGAAUAUUAUUAAUAGUUUCACAAAAGAGGAACUAUUUUUAUCGGCCCAAGAACAAAGGAAAUUCGGGUUAAUCGUUUCCGCUUGUAUAAUUCCCCAAAUAUGGUUAGAUGACGAAUUUACGACAAAAACGUUCAGUGACCCAAAUCAAUUUAAAAAAAUUCUUACUAUUGACAAGGGAAAAUUCAUCAAAAAGAACAUGGAACACAAUUUAAACUACAGAAAAACUGUUAUGGAAAUAUUCGAAGAGAUAUGUGAUAGAUACUGUUUGUAAAUUCCAUAAAAAAAGAAUAAUACUAUAAUGGCUUUUAAUAUUUGACUAGACUUCGAGAGGAUUAUAAAUGAUUACUAUUAAAAGCCGCACUAAUUUUAUUGUUUUGCACUUUGCAAGUCCAGCUACAGCUCCGUGGGGUUUGCGGGAUCCCUCAACAUCGAAUUAGGAACCGACGAGGGGCCCUAUGAACUUAUGAAAUGACCAUAUUCUCGCUUUGUGUAUUGUUUUAACGGGCCAAUGUUAAUAAAAACUACGUGGACAGAAAAUUAUUUCGUAUUUUAUAUUUUUAUUGUGUCAACUAAACUUAAGGCAUUUUUUCUGUGCGAUACAAAGAAUUAAGUUUGACCCAUAGUGUGUUGAGUAUCAUAAAUGUUUAAGCUCGCUUUGACUAAUAUAUACAUAAACCAAAAAUAGUAACAUUCUUUGAAUAGCGCACCCAAGAAAGCUGGGAUCUGCUAGUGAUGAUAUGAGUAAUAGAAACUUCAAGUUGCCUACAAAGACGUGUCUCAAGACACCUAGUCUCUUUGCUGUUCAAAAUAAGUUUGAAUGUCAAUAAAUUGUGAAAAAAUUUUAGAGGCUCUGCUAGACGGCUAUUGAUGCGAAUCACUUAUACGCUUUAAAUUAAAUGUUAGAAGGCAACAGCUACGAGAAGUAUGUAGCAAAAAUCGGAGAAUCUCCGAAAACAAUAUUGAAAAAUAUAAAACCUAUAAAUUAAGGAACAAAUCAUACAAGUAAAUCAUUGUUCGAAAUUAUAGUUUUUUUAACAUAUAGUUAGGUUAUGCUAAAAAAGAAUAUUCCGCAAAUCCUAGGUCAUCAUAAAUGAGACAUCGCUAAAGGCUUCGUCAAACAGAACGCGUACUUAGCGCGCGUAAACUAACGCCGCGCUAUGACGCGCGCUAAUUACGCGUUCUGUUUGACAAAGCCUUAAAGUAUCGAUAUCAACACAGGUAGAAAAUUAUGGACAGUAGAAGGGAGGAGCAUCAUUUCAGUGUAUUAAAAAGCGUCCGCUGAAAGGGAGUCAAUUAAGGUGGCACCAUAGUAGCAAGUGGAACGAUUUAAAAACAACGCCUGUAACUGCUACACUUCGUUCUGUUUAAACUGCUAUAUUCAUAUCAUUUCCACUUCCUAGCCCUAUUUCAAUGAAUCUUUCAAGAAUAACUUGCUGUUUACAGGUGGACAUUUUUGCAACUUGUGCUUUAUACAAUACAGUACUCGCUAACGCUAUCUGUCAUAAAAAAAAAACAUAUAAAGUAGGUACAAGGAGAUUAAUCCUUGGGCCUUCGGUCUGCUCUCAACACCUUGCAGAUCGUCAAGUAGUCAAGUCCCACAUACCCCGUACGCUCCCUAGGCGCGGGGACCUCGUAGGAGGUUCGGCUCCGGCCCGAAAAAGAAAAGGUACAAGGAGAUUACAACAAAAAAAAAUUAUCAAUGCAAUACUAAAACGGGACUAUUAGAAACUAAGUAAAAAAGGAUUAUCGCGUCUUUUACGUUGUGACAACAGUACAAACAGUAGGUAUAUUUUUAUGUUAUUAUGAGAGGACCCCACAUUAGAACAAAUUGAUCGUCUUUACUAAAGUACGUACGCAGAGAACUAUUCUAAACACUCAGACGCGUGAGUUCGUUACACGCCUUCGUAACUAUUUCGAUCGUGAAUCUUAAAAUUGAGGGCCAAUUUGCUGACGUCCAUGAGCGACGGUGACCACUUACUAUCAGGUGGGCCGUAUGCUCGUCUGCCUACAAAGGCAAUAAAAAAAAUAAAAAAAACCUAAAACGUCAGUGGUUGAACGUGUAGCUGAUGCACUUAAUAUUGGACCACGAACUAUUAGACGAAUAACUAAAGAAAAAUUUGGCGAGACUGGAACAGAAGAAAAUAAACUUCAUACAACAAAAGAGAGAAAACGAGCAAAACCAGUCGUAGGCAUCGUUAGCUUUGAUGCCGAUGCCAUUCUAAGAUAUGUGUACGGCUACUAUUUACGAAAGGAGUACCCAACAAAAAAAAAGUUAGUGCAAUCACUGAGGGAAGCUGAUGGGGAAGUUCUUUAAUGAAGAUUUUAAAGACCGUUGGAUUUCGAUACAGAUAAUGUAACAAACGCAAAAUCUUGAUGGAGAGAUUUGAUAUCGUGAUGGCAAGAUAUACUUUUUUACGGCAAGUGAAAGAAAUUGAAAAUGUGCAAAAUUGUGUGUUUUUGUAUGAAACAUGGCUUAAUGCUAACCAUACUGUAAGUCGUUUUUGGACCGAUAUCUAUGCAAAAUCUACGUCCACAGUUCCUGUUGGGAAAGGAUCGCGACUUAUAAUUUGUCACGCCGGAACCAUCAACGGGUUUGUCGGAGGUUCUCUCAUGGCGUUUGCGUCAAAAACCACUGGAGACUAUCAUGAAGAAAUGAACGGGGAAAGUGUACUGAAUGAUUUAUUUCAAUUUUGUGUAGCCUCCCUGUACCAUCUAUUAUAAUAAUGGAUAACGUCCCAUAUCACUCGAUGUAAAUUGACAAGCCACCUGCCCAAUCCCAAAAGAAAGCUGACAUCAUCGCAUGGCUUCAUAAAAAUGGCGCAGAUGCAAACGUAGAUAUGUUAAAAGCGAAUUACUUAGUACGUCUUUUAAAAGAAAGCAAACCAACCAAGAUACGAUACGUCAUUGACGAAAUAGCGUUAGAACAUGGGCACAGAGUUAUAUGGUUACCACCUAACCAUUGUGAAUAUAAUGCAAUUGAGUUGGUGUGGGCUCAAAUUAAGGGAUAUGCUGCAAGACGCAAUACAAAAUCCCUAUUGACCCCAACAAAAAUGCUAAAAAUAUUAGACGAAGCUUGUAAGCAUGUGACUAAAGGAGACUGGGAAAAGGUUGUGAAUAGAACUGUUAAAUUAAUAAGGGAAGAUUAUGAAUAAUAUUGUAGAAAACGAACUUCUAAUUAAUCCAAGUGAUGACAAUGUAAAUAGUAGUAGGAACGAAUCUGAUUAAAUUUAGCCUUUCGUGACACCUAACCAUAUAAAGUAUGUAUAUUCAUUUUAAUUCCAAUAUUCAGAUCGUUCAAAUAUAUUAAGUAAGCAUUUAUAUUUUUGUUUUAUUAAACCUUUUUAAUCAGGUACUACUUGCAAUAAAAACUUAUAGAUUUCAUUAUAUUUUUUUCGGGAAUAAAUUGUCAUUUCACAUCACUAUUGUAAUAUGUCAAAACGACCAUCAUAGCGUGCCGAUAGUGUAAGUAGUAAUUCUAUAAUCUGUGCUGUUACACCGGUCACUCACAUGCGCACGAAUACGCAAACCCGCAAGUGUAGGACGACAUUUGCAAAUGACUAUGCAAAGUUUUCGCUGCAUUCGUGGUUUUCCAAGUUGUGUCGGUUUUUUAACAGACAUCAAAGCGCGCGAACCUCUAACCUUCGCGUAGUCUCCCACACAUUCGCUUGCCCAGUUGCGCCGACAAUUGCAAAGGUAACGGACGUAUCGCCAUUUUCAUAGUUCGUGACGUCUACUGUGUAGCGUAUCUUCAUCAAAAGAAAUCCCAUAAAAACAGCAUGGCUGUUAAUGAUGUCUGGGAAAGAAUUAAAAACUCUUUUUCUCUUCAAUGUUCUAUUGACGAAUUAAAAAGGAGGAGAAAUUCGUAAGACAUUCGUAAACAAGUGUAGGAGGAAGCGCAAACGGGUUCGCGCGCUUUGAUGUCUGUUAAAAAACCGACACAGCUUGGAAAAUCACGAAUGCAGCGAAAACUUUGCAUAAUCAUUCGCAAAUGUCGUCCUACACCUGCGGGUUUGCGUAUUCGUGCGCAUGUGAGUGACCGGUGUAAUACUAACGGCUCAGUGACUUUUUUGGCGGGAACGCGAGGAGUGAAGUUGUGUGAUUUGUUUUUAUUUUGUCUAUUUAGUGUUUCGCCAGCUUUAAAUGUGUAAUAACGGUGGUUUAUUAACUGUUUAAUAUCUGUGAAAGUGCACAAAUGUGGGAAAAUGAAACAAAGCCGCUGGACGUAACUUCUCGGGAUCCCCCAAAAAGUCCACUGAGACAGUCUUAGUAAAUAACCAUCAUUUUACUGAGAUUAUAUUUCAUCCAUAUCAUCUCGUUCGUCUCAUCUCAUUUCAUUUCAUUUUAUGCCAUGUUUAAUAAUAUUAAUCAACUUCAUUACAUUUCACUUCAUAUUAUCAUGUGCAGAGUUAAUUACUACAUUAAUCAAAUUACUUUCUCAACAUCAAUUAUCUAUACCGUACCACGCUGCUAAUUUCAUUCAAACUUACACUAAUAUUAAUAAUGGUUAACACGGACAGUUUCCUUCGUUUUUUAUUAUUCAUAAACUGUAAAUAAUUAAAACGGCGAAUUAUAAAAAUAUUAUUAUUUGACACUGGCUAAUACACAAAACGUGCCAGAACCAAAAAAAAACUAAUAAAUUAAUGUGUGAACUAAAUAGAAAGAGAUGUGAGAUACAUAAUACAUAUUACUUAGUGAGAAAAGAUGACCUAAGUAUUUGAAAUAGGCACUAAAAUUUAUAAAUAAACAUAAAUGAAAAUACUUUUUACUUGCUUAUUUCUUGUUAUUUUUGCCAAAUUUUUAGAUAGCGCAUUUUGAUGUUUAUAUUAGCUACUUCAGAAAUUGAAUGUAUUUGCUAUGGAAGGUAACAAAAUACAAUUCUACUUUGAAGAAACAAGUUUAAACAGAAUAAAUCUUUUUAAAGAAGCUUUAUCCAGUGCAGAAAACGGAAGAGUUCUUUAUAUUCUCCAUGAAGAAUUAAGUCAGCUACCCACAUUAUCACAAGAUUUAAAUUCAGUGAAUAGACAUUUCAUGAAAAUGAUUAGUUUUCUUUAUGUAGAAACUAUUGAAGCACUUAUAGACAGUGUUUCAACACUACCAGAUUGGCAGAAUGUGCCCUCAACAAUUAUUUUAGAUGACUUAAGCAAGUUCUUCAGUAGAAACAACCAACAAAACAUUUAUGGGAUUAUUGCUCUGUUGAUGGACAGUGUACGGAUCUGUUCUGUUUCACUCGGAAAGCCAUGUAAUUUAUUUGUUGCUGUAAGUAAAGAAGUUGUAGGCGAUGAUUUUUGUAAAAUCUUAAAAGAAUUAUACUUUUGAUUGAAGUUUAAAAACUAGUUAGCAUAAUUAUUAUAGGGAAUACUUACUAAUGAUCACAUAUGAGCAUCAUUUUAAGUAUUAUACUUAUUUGUUGCAUAAGUAGGUGAGUGAGUUAAGUGGAUACCUAAGCCUAUAGAUAACAAUCAAAACUUAAAUACCGCUGACUAUCUUUAGAGCUAAGGUUAAAGGCUCAAUUGUAUUUUAUUAUGGCUGUCCUUCAAACAACAUAUGGUUACUUAGUGAAGGAAAAAAUUAAAUGUUGACACCUACCUGUGCAAGCUAGUACUUAUCAUUGAAACAUAUUGUAAAAGUUGUGGAAUAAGUGAAAUAAAAUAAACAUUUAAUUUA